UGGUUUAUAGUCCGGUUAGGACCCCCAGGAUGCGGUGAUACCGACAACAAUCUCCCGCCAUGUAUCCGAAAAUCCUGAAAUCGGAAAAGCCAGUGGCCAGCUCAUCCACGGUUGCGGUGUUGACAGAAAACAUCGUGACAGAGGCACAGCUAACGCGACAUGGCCUGGAACUUGAGUCCUCGACUGGCUAUAUCCGCUGGCGAAAGGAGAGCAAAGACCACCCGCGCAACUGGCCAGUGCUGCGAAAGACAUUUGACACCUCACACGUCAUGUUUCUCGAGUUUUACACGACAGUUAUUAGCACAACGGGAGCCUCUGCAGCUGAGCUUGCAAAAGCAGAUUACAACACAAGCAAAAUUACCUUGCUCGUCGCUUUCAGCCUUAUGUACCAACUGGGCCAAGCCAUCGGGGGCCUUAUUAUUCCGCCCUCAUCCGACUUGUUCGGCAGGAGAACGCCUUAUCUUGUCUCGUGCGCAGUCUUUAGCGUCUCCUGCCUGAUUGUUGGCGUGGUUCCGCAUAUAAGCGCAGUCUUCAUCGGCAGAUUCUUCUCAGGCCUCGCCUCGGCUGUGCCUUCUGUCGUGGUCAGUGGUACAGUGGAAGAUCAGUUCAACACCGAGCGCCGGGUCUGGGUUGUGUUGUUAUGGAACGCCGCGGCAACUGCAGGCCUGGCAUUUGGCCCGGUCUAUGCAUCGUGCAUUACGUCGGUGGCUAGCUGGCGUUGGAUCUUCUACAGCGCGGCUAUCGGUACAGCAGCGUGUAACGUGCUGCUUUUCGGCAUCAGAGAGAGCCGACCGAGCAAGCUGCUCGCGAAGAAGAUUGCAUCCCUCCGGGAAGAAUGUCCUGGCGUUGAACUAAAAUACCACACCACAGAUCCGUUUCCGACAUUCCGCGUCUUUGUCAAGGUCGUCUUCAUUCGCUCAACCGUCAUGAUGGUCACCGAGCCGAUCCUGAUCAUUGUCUCGAGCAUCAGCGCCAUAUCCUGGGGGCUCAUCUACCUGUUUACCGAAUCGCUGAUCGGAGCCUAUACCGCACUUGAUCUGACCGAAAGAGAGGCCUCAUGGCCAUUCCUCGCGCUGAUCGUCGGCGUCAUCCUCGAUGCCGUCCCACACAUCUGGGAAGUCCGAACGCUGAAGCAAAAACGCCGUCAGAAAAUUCCCAUCCACCCCGAAGACAAAAUCGGCGGAUUCACCUACGGAACAAUCGCCCUCGCCGCCGGACUCUGGUGGUUCUACAGCACGACACCGCCAGCCAUGUCUGACGCAAACCCCCUCCUGCCAACAGCCUCUCUCGUCCCGAUCGGAUUCGGUGUGAAUGAAAUCGCAUACACGCUGAGCGGGUAUCUCACUGAUACAUACACGGUGUAUGCGGCAUCGGCAUUCGCGGGUCUCGCGUUCGUUCGGGCUAUUGUCGCGGGGAUCGCACCGCUUGUGGGGCACGUAGUGUUUGACGGGGAGCAAGGGGUUGUUCCUGGGUAUGUCGUCGCUGCGCUGGGGACGGCAUUUUGUGCUGUGCCGUUUGUAUUCUUCAAGGUCGGACGGUUGUUUCGGCAGAAAAGUGAGUUUGCGCGGUAUAGUUUUGAGAUGAAUCGGUUGACUACGGUCGAGGUUGUGAAUGAUUUGGGCGAGGUGUAG